UCCCUGCCUGUGCUGACCACACCAGAGCCGCUGUAAAUUAAACCAAUGCGGAAAUAAACAAUGCUCAUGUUCAACGUCCCCGGUCCUCUGAGAGCUGCUGCUGGGCAGGGAGAGAAAUCCCCGUAAAUAAUCAACAUCUUCCCAAAACUUUCCAAGAACUCGGGCUCGGCCCCUGCGUCACUCGAGGCUGCAGCCCGCCGGAGAGGGGGCUGGCCGGGGGGGGAAGGGGCGUAGCACUCCUGGGUUUGGGACAGACGAGUCCUUUUGGAGCUUCCAGUUGGAGCUCGCGGGCUGCACAGGGAAGGCAGGCUCUCCCCGGGAGAACAGACUGACAGCGAGCAAGAUCCCUGGCCCAGGUGAGAGGAAGAUGAAGGUCCUGUUGGUGCUGACUAUGCUGUUUGCCUGCAGUGUGUUCACAGCGCACGGGAAGCACCCACGCCCAUUCACACCGGGACUCGAGGGAAGCACCGUAGGAAACCUGACUGCCCAUGGAUGCUACAGGGGAUGGGGCACCUCCAGGGCUUCGGUGGAUCGGUGCUGCCUGCUCCGAGCCUGCUGCUAUGCCAAGCUGGCAGCGCGGCGGUGCCGCGUGGGACCGGUCCAGCCCCUCUCUACGGCCCGGGCAGGGAUCCCCUCCUGCAGUUCGGGGACGCGCUGCCAGCGAGGCGCCUGCAGGUGCGAGAGGGCGGCGCGGCUGUGCCGGGCUCGGGUCGGCCGGGCUCAGCUCCGCCGCCGCGCCUGGUGCCGGGGACGAGCCGGGCACUGCUGAAGCAAAAACUCCUUCUGCGAAACCAUCUCCGGGCUGAUCGGCGCCGGCAGCACUUCCCAGCCCUGGCGAGUCUCCUCCUCGGGGCCUUUUGGCUUCGAGGCGAGGACAAGAACCCUCCGGUCAAGUCGCGUCACGGCAUGCGAGGAGGGGGAGCGGCGCUCCCUGAUGUCCAGCACAGCUAAACGAGGGAGGAGAGGACACCUACCCCUCGUCCCGGUGAGGGGCGGGAUGGGAAGCGUCCCCCUUGGCAGCCUGUCCGCUCCCUCCGCUUCCUGCUUCACAGCAAAUUCCCUCCUGUUGCUCCAAAAUAAAACCAGAGAGCCCAAAGCA